GUCGAAGAGAAUGCCGAGCAGGCGAAAGGGGCGGGUGAGAAGGCGGCUCAAGCUGCUCAAGGGAUGGGCCCUGAGAUGACGGGAGAGGGAGGAUCGAAGCUCGAUGAGUUCCAGCGUCAAGCUGCACAGACGACGAAUGCUGCAGUGGCUGAAGGGCACAAUGACGUGCAUGUCGCAAAGGCGACCGGUGUGGGGUAUCUUGAUCAGGCCAAGUCAAUAGCCGGGAGCGUCCUGUCGUCGGCACAGGGUUACUUGCAAGGAGGAGAGCAGAACUCUCAGCCUCAGGGUGGGUCGCAGAAUGGGUCUGGCACGGGGUCUGCAAAGGUCGCGACAGCCCAGGGUACCACUGGAGAUGUGCUGUCCAAGCUUCAAACGGGUGCUUCCUCUGCGAUCGGUACCACACAACAAUACCUCUCCUCUGCACAAGCCGCUGCCCAGCCACACAUCGACAACGCACGGACCACAGUCGAGCCACGCAUAUCCGAUGCGAAGGCUGCAUUACAGCCUCAUAUGGACAAGGCAAAGGAGACGGCACAAGGUUAUUUGGGUUUGGGCACAGGUCCUACGGGCUCGGUGACCCCACCAGGAGCGAAUACGGCAGCUGGUACGGGUAUCCCGGCUACGAGCACACCGCUAGAAGGGAAAGAAGGGGUUGCACCUCGCCCGACGACAACGACAGUUUCUGGAGACAAGCAGGCUGAGGGGAAGUUGAAGACAAGCGUAGCGUGAUGAAGUAACUUUCCUUUGAAGAUGGACGCUUUCUUGGGGUGUAAAAUAUCGUAUAUUUGCGCUAGUGUAUCUUAUGGAAUCCUGCCAAUCUAACCGAAGUUUACUGGA